CCUCACCUCACCCCCUUCUCCUUCCCGUUCUUCCCUUUGCGCCGUCCUGCCUCGCGAACCUCAGGAUCGGGCUCUCCCACUGCGCUUCCUGUCCAGUCUCGUUGCUUUUCCACCUCGACUAAACAAAAAUGGUCACCACCAGAGCCGGCACCAAGACUCUCGUCGCCAACGGCGCCACGGGCGGCCGGAGUCCCUGGAUCCAUGUCCCCUCGCGCAUGCUCCUCCUGUGGUUCGCCAUCUCCCUGCCCCUCGUCACCUGGGACACCAUCUACGUCCUCGGCCGGCCCUGGACCAUGGAGGGCGGAGCCUGGCACUGGCCCAUGUACGUCCCCUACAAGCUCUACGGCGAGGUCGACCACGUCUACGGCUGGAAGGCCUUCAAUGCAAAGGUCGGCUUCACAGGGGCCCAGGGCGCCCUCAACGCCAUAGAGACCGCCAUGUACCUCGUAUACGUCUACAUCUACUGGACCAGCGCCGUCCCCGCAGCUUCUGUCGCCGGCGGCAGCGCCAAGGUCGGCGCUGCUGCCCAGGCCGACAAGACCGCCGUCCUCGUGGGGAAGCCUGCCGCCGUGGCGGUCCUGGUCGCCUUCAGCGCCUUCGUCAUGACGCUCAGCAAGACGAUUUUGUACUGGCUCUGCGAGUACUUUAGCGGCUACGACAACAUUGGCCACAACGCCCUGCGCGACCUCAUCGUCCUUUGGAUCAUCCCCAACGGCGCCUGGCUUGUCGCGCCAACAUAUCUCAUCUACGUGCUCGGCCAGGAGAUUGUCGAGGGGCUGACCAUGGCAUCCGCCGAGGCUCUCCCCAUCAAGUCCGACUAGUUUCGGAGGAUUUCACGUGCCCUGCCCGGGCAGCUUAGGUCGAGGGCCGUUCCUGUUGGCAGUGUUGCCUGCACCGGCGUGGGGCGAGCGGCCAUGGGACGGACAUUGAGCAGACGCUCACCAGAAGAAUUCAAAAUCUGAUGCCGUGGUGUGAGGCUAUCCCCUAACACCUUCUCCUGAUUGGGUACAUCAUAAAUGAGACGAGCUGCACAUAUACACAAGAACGUCACACAGGGGGUUGGUCGUCAAU